CCACGGACACCACGUGUCCUCUUCACUUCCUUCCUCCUCUCGCCGAGACCCCACCUUACCCACCUCGCCGCAUCGCAUGGCGGCGCCCGCACUCCUCCCUCCCCCUCCCAUGGACGAAGGCAGCGCCGCUCCGCCCGCCCCCGCGUCCCUGGACCUGGCACCGCCCCCACAGGAGCCGGAGCCCCCACUCCUGCUCCGUCGUCCGCCCAUCCGGGUGACCUCGGAGUUCGACAGUGAGCAGCGGCUCUUCUCCCACCGCCUCUCCUGCCGCGUCCUCGACGGCUUUGCCAAGCUCCGCCUCCGAGUCAGCCACGCCGCCGGGGGAGGAGGGAUCGCCUGGGGCCCGCCCGAUUUCGCGCUCCUGGCACGGAACUUCUCCGUCGUCGUCGACCCCGCGUCCCGCGGCGCCGUGCUGCGGGGCGCCGCCGACCUCGCCGGCUCGCUGCGCCUGCAAGCCUCGCACAGCACCAAGAAUUGCCAGAGUGGAGAACAAUCAUAUAUUCAUGUCGGCUGUUCAGCACACUGUUUAUCUGUGUCUUGCAACUAUGAAUAUAACAAAUCUAUUGUUUCUUGCAUUCACUUGGAUAGGUGCUUUCAAUUCAAGUACGAAAGUAGAAAGGAGCAACAAGGAGAAGUGUCAGUUACUGCAAAUUUGGGAGAUUCACCAUGCAAGAUUGAAUUGUCAUCUCUGGUUCCUCCUAGUGGACCGCCAAGAGCAACAUUCUUCUUUCCAAAGGGUGAAGUUUCAAUAAAAGAGAAGAUAUUGGAUGAGGGUGACAGAAUUUUGUCAGUAAAUGGCCUAGUGAAGUCACAUGUUUUGAAUGGAGUUUGCACAGCUGCGUACAGUGAUAAUGCAAUGAAAAUUAAAUACCGCUACAAGGAUGAUGAGAUAUCAUUUAUCCCCAGCAUCUCUUUACCAUCCAAUUCCCUAUCAUUCGCAUUCAAGCGCCAACUAACGCCAUCGGACAAGUUGAGCUAUUGGUACAAUUUCGACACAAACUACUGGGGUGUCAUCUACAAGCACAAGGAAAAUAAGCAUCUCAAGUGGAAAGCUGGUUACGAGUCAGACAACAGGCUUGGAUAUGCAUCACUUUGGGUUGGAGAUGCUGGCGGCAGUACAAAGGAGGUGCCUUUGAAGGCCAAAGUUCAUUUCACACUUAAGGUUCCUCAGGACAACGUACAGAAUUCUGUUGUAGUGUUUCACGUGAAGAAAAGAUGGGAUUUUUAGGUUCUAACCAUGUAAGCAUGUGCACACAGAUAAAAGAGAGAACCAACAGGGAACUGGAAUGCAUGUAAAUUUGUUGUCCAGCUAAUUUGUUACAUGCAGAUGCCAUGAAUAAAAUAUGUGAUGUUUUUUUCCAGUCGCAUUCGCAUUGGUGGCCAACAGGAAUAUUUUGAUAAGCUAUUCACAGAAGCAUAAUGUCAUGAAGA